UGGAGAUGCCUGGCAAGUCCGCGGGGGGCUGUGGGGGGAGAAGUUCUAGCCUGUAUAUAAAGCCGCCUCUCCGGUAGUGACGGCGCAGUUGGCUGGACGGCAAGCGAACAGAAGGUGCCGCAAACUGUUUCCAUCAGAUCAGCUUUCUAUCCGCUCUGAAGAUGCGACACCUGGCAGUCCUUGCCGCCCUAGUGGCCCUGGCCGCCGCUGGACCAAGGGAGCGGCGCCAGACCACCGAGUACGAAAGAUGCCAGGACGGUACCAAGGUGUGCGUGCCCUACUACCUGUGCCAGGACGGCAAAGUGAUAACUGACGGCUCUGGAGUUAUCGACAUCAGAACUGCAUCAGGGUGCAGUAACUACUUGGACGUCUGCUGCGCCGAUCCCCACACGACAGAUCCCGUCACCCCCGACCCAGGCCACGUUUCUCGUUGCGGAGUUAGGAAUUACAAUGGCAUCGAUGUCAGGAUCCAAGGAUUCCAGGGCAACGAGACCCAGGUGGCUGAGUUCCCCUGGAUGUCCGCUGUGCUCAAGAAGGAGGUAGUGUCAGGAGAGGAGAUCAAUCUGUACCUGUGCGGCGGUUCGCUCAUCCACCCCUCCAUCGUGCUGACGGCGGCUCAUUGCGUCAACAAGCACCUAUCCUCAGACCUUCGCGUCCGUCUGGGAGAGUGGGACACUCAGAACGAGUAUGAGCCAUACAAGCACCAGGACCGCGACGUGAGUGCUGUUGUCAUCCAUCCCAGGUUCAACGGCAGCAACCUGCACAAUGACUACGCGCUGCUGUACCUCCAGACGCCCGCCGAGCUCAGCAGGAACGUGGAUGUCAUCUGCCUGGACAACAACCCCACCAUCCUCGCUCCCCACCACAACUGCCUCGUCACCGGCUGGGGCAAAGACAGGUUCGGCAAGAAGGGAGUCUUCCAAAAUGUGCUGAAGAAGAUCGACCUCCCUUACGUUCCACAUGGGGAAUGCCAGACUGCUCUGCGCACGACCAGGCUCGGCGGAUUCUUCAAGCUGGACAAGUCCUUCCUCUGCGCCGGAGGAGAGGCUGGUAAGGACUCCUGCAGCGGCGACGGAGGUUCUCCUCUGGUUUGCCUGGACGCUACCAAGACCCAGUACGUGCAGGUGGGCAUUGUGGCGUGGGGCAUCGGCUGCGGCACCUCCAACAUCCCUGGCGUGUACGCUGACGUGCUAUACGGUUACGACUGGAUCGUCGCUGAAGCUGACAAGCUGCUUGCCAGUCCCGUGGUGGACUACUGGGGCUACGAUUGAGCUGUGCAGGCGUCCCCACGGCCACACGCUGUCCCUCAAAUCAAAUGUAAUAUAAACUGCGAUAAUUAAAUAAGUUAAGGAAACUUAAAA